AUGGCGCCCGUGAACCAGCCGACAAGCCAGCUCAUCACUGAGGAGGGGCCUGUGGUGGCCAUCUUCAAUGUGGCGAUGAUCGGGCACGUGAAUCCGACCUUCGCAUUGGUCCAGGAGCUCCGGAAACGCGGCUGCAAGGUGCACUACUUCCUGCCUCCAGUGUCAUCCAUCCGUGCUGCCGCCGUUGAGUCUGGGGCAGUCCCAGAAGGCUACCUCCCAGAUGAUCCGGCGGACUUUGUCAUGGAGAAAUGUGGCAUUGACGAGCCGAUGUACCAUCCCGUGCAGGAGAUCCUGGAGGCGGAUCGCGCCUUGUGGGAGAAAACUGUUUGGCCCCUGGCCACAGUCCUCCGCUGCGGCGAGCAUGCGGUAGCCCGCUGCCGCCAGCUGGGCGUCAGCGUGAUCCUCUACGAUCCCUUCGUGCCCCUUGGGCUCGUCACUGCCGGCAAGCUCGGGAUUCCAUGUGCAUCCUUGGUCACCUAUCCUGGCAUGGGAAGUCUCUCCGACCUGAUGUGCACCAUGGAGGCAGAGGGCCGGCUCGCCUAUGCUGCCAGCAUCCGCGAGCCCUACGCUAAGGCCAUCCAAGACAGGUUUGACGUUGACCUGGCUUGCCACUUCCUGACCAGGCGGCAGUACUACGCGAAGACAAACUUCGUCACUACGUGCGAAGACCUCGUCGCCCAGCUGCCUCCGCCGGGACAGCAUCAGUGGGCGGACGAACUGCGCACCAAGUUCAGCUUCACCGCAGUUGGUUGCCUGGUCAGCAACAGCGCGCCGCAUGUGAUCACGGCCCGGUCGGACAGCUUCAUCCCGCGUGUCAAGAGCUUUGGCCACUCCUUACCGGUGCCGGAACUCUCCGAGCAGCUGGCCAAGGGCCGGAAGAUCAUCUACGCCGCCCUUGGCACAAUGGCGCUCUCAGAUCGCUGGAGCAUCGACCUCGGACGUGUCAGCAGCUACAACCUCCCUAUCGGGACCACCGGCAAGGCCUUCUGCCAGCACGUGUGGCAGGUUCUCCUGGACACAUUGAGGGACCUGGGAGACGAGUACUUCUGCGUUCUCUCCGUGGGCAAGCAGCCCGAUGCACUCGACUUCCUGGGCAGCAGCGAGGCGGAGAUCUUCGAUCAGCUACCUUCCAACGUGCUGAUCCGCGGCUUCGUGCCGCAGGUAGAGAUGCUGAACAACUAUGCUUCGGUAUUCAUCUCUCACGUCGGCUUCAACAGCCUCCAGGAAAGCCUGAUGGCCGGCGUACCCCUUGUGGCGAUACCCCAAGCCGUGGAUCAGCCAGCGAAUGCCCGCAAGGUGCAAGAGCGCGGGUGGGGUCAAGCCUUCUUCAAGCCAAUGGACACAGUGACCAGCGAUGCCUUGGCCAAGGCGUUGAGAGAGAUCUGCAAUGAGGGCAGCACUUAUCGUCAGGCGGUGCAGUGCGCCCGCGCAGAACUCGCGGGCGGCGCCCCUCGCCUGGCCGAGCGUCUGGUGGCCAUGGCCCAGGAGGCCCAGGAAGGGCGGGCAGCAUUGGGAGGCUGCUAA